AUACGCUGUGUUGUAAAACUUGCACAGAACAUUAAAAACUUGUAAUUUAUGCAUGCGAGCCCUAAACGUCCUACUCGUUCAUUUUAACUUGUUGCACCUACUUUCAAAAAGUUAAAAGUUUCCUUGUUUAUGUGAGAAAGUGAACUCGUUAGCUAAUUAGCAUGUUAUAAUAUUGGCUUUCGAAUAUUGUGUUAUCUAAUUUACCGUUACAGGGACGCGGAAUGUGUGUUGUUUUCAAUAUCACAGGUACUUCGUUACGAAUUACGAUGCACCUGCAGUGCGGAUACAUCGGGCGUUGAUUAAGUAUACGUGCAACAUUGAUGAGACACGGUCAUCCAGUUAGUAAUACGUGGAACUGCUUGUUGCUUUAAAAAGUUCAAAUCGAAAAAAGGAAAUAGACCUUUAAUAACUUAAGGAGUCAUCAGUUUAGAAAAAUGAGUCACAGUGGUCAGUGCCUCUACUAUUGUUUUGUUUUUGUGGAAUGUCUCCCGUUCCGAUGAGUAAAGUUCGAGGAAUGCGACCUAUCUGAGGACGAAUCAAGUGAUGUAAAAAAGUUAAAGUUCCAAAUUCAAACUGGUACAACUAUUUGGCGGGAACUAGUUUGUUUUCGUGUUAUCUUUCAGUUUCGUAAAAUGUGCGUGAUUCUAUGAAGUGUGGUGGUUAUUAGCAAUGGCUCAAAGUUCAGUGGACUCUGAUAGACUUUCUUCAGCCAAUAUUUCAACUCACAGCUCUGGUACCGCUGGCACGGUUGGAGGGUCAGUUGUUGGUGUCAGAGUUGGUGACCCAAACCAUAAACGAGAGGAUGAAGACGACUAUAACUUGGGACCAUUGCCUCCAAUGUGGGAGAAAGCCUUUACACCUUCCGGAGAAAGAUAUUUUAUAGACUAUAACACUGGAACAUCACAUUGGCUGGACCCACGGCUAGCAAGAGUGAGGAAGCACUCCCUUGGUGAAUGUGGUGAAGAUGAACUGCCAUAUGGCUGGGAGAGAGUCACUGACGAGAGAUAUGGCUCAUAUUAUGUGGAUCACAUCAACAGGCGUACGCAGUAUGAGAACCCAGUACUGCAGGCGAGGAGGCUUAGAGCGGAGAAAAUGGCAGCAGAAAACGGAAACAACAGCCAGAUGAAUGGCCCCACACCCUCUGGAGAGCUAAGAGGGGAACGGUUCACCAUGAACCUGACGAAAGGGACUCAGGGUCUGGGCUUCACGCUGAUCGGUGCUGAGGGCAUACCGGAGACUGAGGGGUAUCUGCAGAUUAGGAGCAUAGUGCCGCAUAGUCCUGCUUGGAUUGAUGGUGCCCUCCGGCCCGGCGACGUGGUGGUGGGCGUGGGCAACAGAGGCGUUCGGGGCUUGUCCCACGCGCAGGUCGCGCAAAUCUUCCAGUCCAUCACUCCUGGGACCGAGGUUACUCUGCAUCUUGUGCGCGGUUAUCCACUAUCGUUCGACUCGGAAGACCCAAACACUCGCGUUCUCAGCACGCUAGCAGUUGAUGCGACAACGCCUGCUACCUCCGAUGCUGUUGCUAUGCAACAACUCACCCGGGCUUUGAGAACCAGAUUUAACCUCGGCUCGCCAAAUCACAUAGAGUCUCAAGGACGCGACGAAACUGACAACUCUGUACCCCCACACAGCCCCAACCAGAGGCGGCUCUUGUCCAGAUCCUUCGAGCUGGACGAACUGGCCACCGCCAGCGACCGUGACCCCGUGCCGCCCAGGUGCCCCUCUGCCGACCAUCUGCUGACCCUGGCCACUGACCACCAACAUCGGAAUAACAACGGCACAUCAAUUGAACCAGGGCGGGAACUUGUGUUAACGUUGAGAAGAGGCGCGGCCGGCUUUGGGUUCACUAUUGCUGACAGCGUACAUGGACAGAAGGUUAAAAAGGUUUUGGACCGCAGUCGUUGCGCCGGAUUAAGGGAAGGAGAUUUGCUGCUGCAGAUCGGUGAAAAUGAUGUAAGACACGCUCCGCACCAACACGUCGUACAAGUACUUAAAGACUGCCCGGCAUUGUCAGAGACCACGUUGCGUGUGUGGAGACGGAACACCAUAACGCGGGCGCCGAGAAGUCGGUCUGCUACUCGCGUCCAACCAGCUACAACCGCAUCGAAUAACAAUCAAAUGGGCAGGAGUAAAACGCCCACAGCAGAACAACUGAGAUCGCAGCCUCUGCAUACAAUCGACCAUGAUGUUAGAGACAGACAGAAUGGCAUGGACCCUGUUGAAGCAACAUACGCAGUCCCGGAACACAAAAACCGGGAAAACCGGGAAACGUUAAUGGAAAGACGCCGCCGAAGCAGCACCCCCGGGGCAAGACUAACCCUCCCCGUCGUCACUCCCUGGAACGAUUCCAACAUAAACAAUAUUAACCAGGAUAACCAAUGGCAGCAACAACCUUGGUUAGACAACUCUAGUAACGUACGGAACUGGGCAGAAACGCAGAAGUGGGAUGAGAAUGGACAGAAAUGGGAGGAAAGUGGGCAGAAAUGGGAUGGGAAUAAUACUGAGUAUAUUGGAAGGUUGGAUGGGCCUAGUGAAGGGUGGGAAGGGGGAAGAUGGAAUAAUACGUGGGGGGAGGUUGCCACGCCAACGGUGCAUGUGGAUAUGAAUGCUGCGUAUUGGCGGGGUAAUGCUAGCGUCGCCGACAGCAGUGAUAAUGGAGGUUUCCCCGAUGAUGGCAUGCUCCAUUCGCCUCACACGGCCGCCGUGGGUGGUCUAUCGCGGCAAUCGCCUUCCACCAGCAGAAUCCGACCACACUCACCUUCCAAUUCCACUGGUCGCAUGAGAAGUCAUUCGCCAUCAAACGCCAGCGCAACGGAUCGCCUGUUAACAAACUCACCCUCCACUCGGUUGCAGAGUCAAUCGCCUUCCAAUAACUCCUCCAAUAGCAGAAUAAAGGGAUCACCGUUAAGGCUUCGCGAACAAUCGCCCGCAAGACAUAUGCAUAGUCCAGCGCGGUCGCCGUGUUACGAGACCGAGCAACCAGCUUUGUAUGUCGCCAACUACCCUCAGGUAGAAGCGGGCGGUACAACGGACCCAGAAGCAGACGUGCUGGUGAGACUAGCGAGGGGUUCCGCCGGCUUCGGGUUCCGUAUAGUGGGCGGCACCGAGGACGGCAGCCGCGUCGCCGUGGGGUACGUUGUACCAGGGGGUCCAGCAGACGGUUUGCUGCGGCCGGGUGAUCUAUUAACAUCAGUAGACGGUAUACCGCUAGCGGGCGCCACGCAUGCCCGAGCCGUGGCAUACGUCUGCCAAGCCGCCUCUAGAGGGCAUGUAACAUUAGGUGUGCGGCAUAACAGGGCGGACAUACAACCUCUGGGCCUGCCGAGCAUACCAGCGCCGCAUGCUCACCAACCUUUACUCGCGGCGGAACCCCUCCACCACGUGCCAGCGGGCUCCUACAACAUCCUACACCCCGCGCCGCUCUACCCGCCCGCACAGCAUAUACCUAUGUACGGGGUCCAAUACGACCCAAGUACGUCCCCCGGGUGGUCGAGUGCGCCCUACGACGUGACAGUGACGCGCAGUGAGGGCGAGGGCUUCGGCUUUGUCGUCAUAUCCUCCACCAACAAGGCCACCAGCACUAUAGGUCAACUAAUCCCCAACUCGCCCGCGUCCCGCUGCGGCCGCCUUCACGUCGGCGACACGAUAGUCGCAAUCAACGGUCAGCCCGUGCGGAACCUGCCGCACCCGGACGUCGUGGCGCUUAUCAAGAGGUCCGGCACCUCCGUCACCCUCACCGUCACACACCCGCGACAAGACUGACGCGGCGACCGCGAACACCAAGACUGAAAAACUCGAAGAAUGAAUCUGCGUUCCGAUUGAGGAAAAAUUCUCAUUUUCGUAAAUAUUAUUAUGCGUUAAGAUGACUUACAGGUAUUUAAAUUAAACUGCCUAGAGUAUUCAAUCCAAUAGCUUUAAUUUAAUAUCAAAUUGUAUUUCUAGGAAUUUUUUUACAUAAGUUUAACUUUAAGUGUAGAAUGUAUUUUUAGAUAUAGUUCUUUAUUGUAAAAUAAUAUUAUCAACUUCCGAAAAUAGACCGUCCAAAUUUAAAAUAUUAAAAUUCAUGUACUUAGGAGAAAACUCAUAGAGAAUUAUUGUAAGGCUACAUACAAAAAUAUUUGUAUGGAAAAUCAUAA